GAGAGGAGAGGAGGAGGAGGAUGAAGAGGAGAGAGAGAGAGAGAGAUAGAAAGCUGAGGAUGCAGCUUUGGUCCACAACACACAUCCUCAUCACUCGAACAAGACAGCAAGAGCUACUAUAGCCUGGAUAAAAAGCUACAACUUCCAGGGAUCGACGAGGAGAUGUGUCCGCAAAAUCUUUGAUUCGACCCCUUUACAUCCUCCUCCUCCUCUUCUUCUUCCUCCUCCUCCUCCUCCUCCUCCUCCCACCUCUACCGAGGAGCAUCCCGCACACAGAGUCCACUCCGACGGGAAGGCAGGCAGAAAGGCAGGGGGGGAUUGAAACAAGCCAGACACGAUGAGUGGAUCUCCUCGACAUGGGACAGCUGUGGGAUUAUUAGUGCUGCUGAACGCGCUGCGGUUGCUGCUCGCGACGCAGGCUGCAGAAGGAGUGUUAACGGACCAUGUUCUGGUUGAGCUGCACGAGGACGCACAGGACGAGGCGCACCAACUCGCAACACAACAUGGGUUCCAGAGCGCCCGAAAGCUUCCCUUCGGAGAGGGGCUCUUUCACUUGUACCCUCAGGACACUUCAAAGAGACGAAGCAAACGCAGUGCCCGCAGCAGACAGCGGCUCCAAAAAGACCGCAGGGUAAAGAAUGUCUUUGAGCAGGAAGGCUUCAGUCGUCAGAAGCGCGGCUACAGAAAUAUCAAUGAUCUCGAAGUCAACAUGAGCGACCCUCUAUUCACCAAACAGUGGUAUCUGAUAAACACGGGCCAAGCAGAUGGGACUCCUGGGUUGGAUCUUAAUGUGGCUGAAGCUUGGCAACUGGGCUACACGGGGAAAGGAGUAACCAUCGCAAUCAUGGACGAUGGAAUCGACUAUCUUCAUCCAGACCUGGCAUCAAAUUAUAAUGCUGAUGCCAGCUAUGACUUCAGCAGCAAUGACCCGUUCCCAUUUCCCCGCUACACAGACGACUGGUUCAACAGUCACGGCACACGCUGUGCAGGAGAGGUGUCUGCGGCAGCCAACAACAACAUCUGCGGUGUGGGAGUCGCCUACAACUCCAAGGUGGCAGGCAUCAGGAUGUUGGACCAGCCGUUUAUGACUGACAUCAUUGAGGCAUCAUCCAUCAGCCACAUGCCGCAGGUUAUUGACAUCUACAGUGCCAGCUGGGGACCGACCGAUGAUGGGAAGACUGUGGAUGGACCCAGAGAGCUCACGCUGCAGGCUAUGGCUGAUGGCGUCAACAAGGGGCGAGGAGGUAAAGGCAGCAUCUACGUGUGGGCAUCAGGAGACGGCGGUAGCUAUGACGACUGCAACUGCGAUGGUUACGCCUCGAGCAUGUGGACAAUCUCGAUCAACUCGGCCAUCAAUGACGGACGCACCGCCCUGUACGAUGAGAGCUGCUCCUCCACCCUGGCAUCCACGUUCAGCAACGGACGCAAGAGGAAUCCAGAGGCUGGCGUUGCUACCACAGACCUGUAUGGGAACUGCACACUGCGUCACUCUGGGACAUCAGCAGCAGCUCCAGAAGCAGCCGGUGUCUUCGCUCUGGCUAUUGAGGCUAACCCAAACCUGUCCUGGAGAGACAUGCAACACCUGUCAGUCCUGACCUCCAAGAGGAACCAGCUUCAUGACGAGGUGCACCAGUGGAGGAGGAACGGCGUUGGCCUCGAGUUUAACCACCUGUUUGGCUAUGGUGUGCUGGAUGCCGGGGGGAUGGUGAAAAUGGCCAAUGAAUGGAAAACAGUGCCUGAGCGUUUCCACUGUGUAGCCGGUUCCAUCCAGGAUACCCAUAAAAUCCAGUCUGGAAACAGGCUGGUGCUAGCCAUCAACACUGAAGCCUGCCAGGGGAAGGACAACUUUGUCCGCUACCUGGAGCACGUGCAGGCGGUAGUCACCGUCAACGCCAGCCGCCGUGGCGAUCUGAACAUCAACAUGACCUCUCCCAUGGGCACAAAGUCCAUCCUGCUGAGCCGAAGACCCCGCGACGACGACUCCAAGGUGGGCUUCGACAAGUGGCCCUUCAUGACCACCCACACCUGGGGCGAGGACCCCCGUGGGACCUGGGUCCUGGAGGUGGGCUUUCAGGGGGAGGAGCCACAGCGCGGGGUCCUGAAGGAGUGGACUCUCAUGCUGCACGGAACACAAAGUGCCCCUUAUAUAGACCAGAUAGUGCGUGAUUAUCAGUCCAAACUGGCAAUGUCUAAAAAGGAGGAGCUGGAGGAGGAGCUGGAUGAAGCUGUAGAGAGAAGUCUGAAGAGCUUGCUGAGUAAAAACAACUAAAAAAAAAAAAAAAAA